UGUAGUGGUGUAUAAUCAAUCAAAACCGAACCAAAACUGCGCCGAGCCGAACAAAAUCAAUGCAUCAGGACUUUUGAAUCGAGACGAGAGAGCAUGCAUGAUUCACACGUCGUACAGUACGGAGUACGCGUCUGCAAUCAACAAAGGAAACCCAGAAAGAGUGAUAUGUGAUAAGCGGUUUGUUGUGUAUUUUGAAUCGUAGUUUUUUUUGUCUUAUCUUCAGCCGAAUACGGGUGAAUGAAUGUGUAUUGGGGGUGGGUGGAAUCCGAAAGCAUAAUCACAAUGUUUACGUUAAAGAAACUCCCCUUACUGAUGCUACUCCUUGUAGUAGCUUUCGCGGCCGUGGGAAUUUGCUUGCCGCAGUCGGACUGGGUGGAGCGAAAGCUAACAGCAAAGUUGAAUCCCGGUUGUCCAGAUAGUAUAUGUCCUACGAACAGUACCGGGUUGACGUUGAUUUAUAUUCGAGCGGAAUCUCCGACCGAUACGAUUCACUACUUGUGGGAUUUCACCCAAAAACCAACGAUUUUGGUGGCCUUGACCGAGAAAAAUGUCACGUUAAACAUCUCGUGGGAACAUUUUCGGGAUCGUAAAUCCGAAUCAGUUUCGUUUAGUAAACAGCCCAAGUAUGUUUUCAUGACCGUCAUCAAUAGAAUAUUUCUAUUCGACGACCCGAAAGAUACAGGAGUUAUUGCCAAUGAUUCAACCGCAGUUGUUUAUGACCCGCAUUCGUUUGCCUGGAAUCGCACCCUCUAUUGGAAUAAUGAGAAAGAUGUAAUAUUGGCUGUGAAUGCCGAUAAUAAUUUUCUAUUCAAGCUGAAUGCCUAUUCGACCCGUAGUCACGGAAUGGAAUACCCACAUCUGUUGCACACGUCUAAUUCGACGCAGAUCGACAUUGUGUUUAAUAAUGUCAGUUCUAAGUUUGAUCGGCCAAGGUUUGCAAUCGAGCUGCUGUUUGUGAUGUCAGAGCAAGCUGUUGCUGGAUCGAGCUUAAUAGCGUCUAAGCGAAAAAGUUUGGAUGAUGAGCAUACGCCAGGGAUUUUUGAAAUCAUUGAUGUGUUGUCGCCCGGAGCAUUUAAAUAUUCCAUUGGUGGCUACCUCGAGUACCGCCCCGUUUCCUACACCCACUCGGAGCGGGAUGUGUCCACGUCAACCGAAACCCAUCAAAGUGAAACAAAGACUGUCGAAUCGCCUUCAGAGGAGCUACAAGCAACACUUGCCUACGCUAUUUUCGGAAAGCAACUGGACUCACUAUUAGUGCAGGGCAUGAAUAUUUCGUUCGGCCUUAGCGGAGAUGGAUUCUACUCGAAAACAAACUACACCACGAUGACAUUCCAGGUGGGUUAUGGUUCACCUCCCUUAGAACAAUUUUCCGCUUUCGUGCUCGUCGUCGCUGGAAUCGGGAUUGGUGUACCGCUGGCGCUAAUCGUGAUCGGCGGUUUGUACGUAUGUGUGAAGAAGCUGAGGACACGUUCGGAAACUAACGUUUGACUGAAUUAUGGGGGAAAAUUGUUAGAAAAAUAAUUCAUAGUAGGAAAAGUUCUGUCUUAAGGUGACAUUAAAUAUAGUGAAGCAUUUCUCAUUUAGUUAUUAAGGCUUAAUAAAAGUAUUGCUUAUUAGGGGAUCAGUGAUAUAAAAUCAAUCAGAGGCGAAACAAUUAGAAUUUGAUAAAGCAACAAAAUUUAGAAAAUAAUAAAAUU